CGCGUCUAGGAUUUAUAUGUGCGGUGGCAGGUCGCACUCUAACAAGACGCGCCUAUCACCCGUCGAGGUGCUCUAUAUAUCUCAACGCGACUAAUCCUCGUAUAACGUCAACAAUAACCCGUAAACUGGUCAAUGCUACCCUGCCCAGCAUGCGACACCUCGUUCGGUAGUCCGGACGAGCUGCAGAGACACACAGACCUGAACCAUUUAUGGGUGUGCUUUAACUGCGGAGGAACCUUCCCGAGUGAGAAUAUGAGGAAACGACAUCAAGCUGACACUCGACACGGUGUCUAUGUCGCGAUUUCUACCAUUACUGUCGUAGUCGAUCCCUCUUCAUCACUUGAUUUGGAUAACAUCGGGGUUCGGCCCACUUCUACGGUACAAGGGCCACUGUCACUUCCAGACUUUCCGUUCGAUCAGGAAGCAGACAUCUCGGACGCUUCACUGCCACCUAUCCACCUCUCAGACUCGACCGGGAACGACGUGGUUCGAUACUACCCACCACCAACCCCUACCAUCUCCUAUCCACCUCCACCACCACCUCCACCACCGCCACAGUCGGAUAUAAGCCAUGGUCUUAACCUAACAGAGUCUGAGCAUGCGAACGGACCACCAACCGAACAUCGGCUGGUUAGCGCAUACCUCGCGUUCUUCUCUGCUAUGCACUUCGUCUUCAAGACGUUCACGUACCACACGGAAUUGAAUUCUGCGCAGCAUUCGCACGCGUACGAGGAAAUUUUGAAGAAGAGUCUAGUCGAGUGGUACACAGUCGGCGCUUUCCUCCUCGGAAAUGCUGCGAUCGACGCCACCGUAUUCGGCUUCUCCGCCGGCUCCUCCACGCUCUUCACAGUCGACGGUCUCGCUAAAGACGCAGUAGCGGCCUCGUCCGUAUCCUGCGGCCUGGGAAUCAUCCUCGACGCCUGUUUUCUGUUCAAAUACGGACACAGCAACGGCCACGAUUUCGCGAGAUUAUCAAAGGACAUAAACGGCUCCUUCCUCCUCUUCUGCAUCACCUCCCGACUGCCGACGGCCCUGCUCCUCCUCUCAGGCUUCUGCACCUCCCUGUUUCUGAUCGUCGUUGCGUGGACGGUUUCGCCCGCGACUGUGGGGUUGCUUGUAAUGUUGGAGUUGGAGGACGAUGCGAGUUUAAUUGGGAGUUGUUCGUUUGAGAUGGCCUAA